GUCGCGGAGCCUUGCUGGACUUUGAGACUGUCACCCCCUUCCAUGAUCCACUGUUUUUGCUUCUGACCUUCUGCCUGCUCAUCUCACUGACCCACAUGCUGGUGGCAGCGUGGCAGUACCACGAGGACGACAAGUCCGUAGACCAGUUCCUGAUGUUCGUGAAAGCAGUGGUGGUGAAAUAUGUGGCGCAUUCUUGCGUCUUCCUGGCCUUCCUAUUCUCAGCGUACGACACA